AACAGCUGGCAUGGCAACUUGUCUGCGUUACCCGGGCAAGGUGGUGAUUGUGACUGGUGGCACCUCAGGCACCGGUCUGGCCAUCGUGCGAGAAUUUGUUCGCCAGGGAGCCAAUGUGGUCUUCUGUUCACGAGCCUCCGGAGCGCAAAAUGGACGAGCAAUUCAGAGGGACCUGCAGGCUUCUGGGUGCCCUGGGGAUGCUUUGUACCAGAUCUGUGAUGUCCGCAAUGAGUCAGACAUCAAGAGGCUGAUUCGGGUCACUUUAGAACGUUACGGAUGCCUGGACUGCCUGGUGAACACUGUUGGAACUAGUAAUUUCAAAACUAUAGAUGAAACGUGCGCCCAAGACUUCUACAACCUCAUGGAAAUUAACACUGUGAGCUGUUUGUUAACAUCCAAGUAUGCACUGCCCUACUUACGGGAAACGAAAGGAAACAUCAUCAACAUUGCCAGUAUUUUUGGUGUCAUUGGGGCGAAGCAUAGUGUGUCAUAUGCAGCAAGCAAGGCUGCUAUCAUUGGAAUGACCAAAGCCCUGGCCAUCGAUGAGAGCAAAUAUGGAGUCCGAGUCAACAGCAUCUCACCAGGAUAUAUCUGGACUACUUUGAUGAAAAAGUUUAUAAAUCAGUCACGGAAUCCAGAAGCGGCAAUGGAGGAAGCCACCCAUACUUCGCUUUUGGGACAUUUCGGGGCCCCAGAAGAAGUGGCAUUGGCUGCCCUGUACCUUGCCGCAGAGGGUACUUUCUGCACUGGUUUAAACCUUCUGCUCACUGGCGGAGCUGAAGUCGGCUUUGGGGUGAAGGACCGGAUGUAUCUUCAGUCUGGCUCAAGUGUGGGUGGGAACUCACAGGGUUUCUCCAGCAAGCACUACAACUGAAAAGGGGAGAGGAAAUAUAAGCUAAGACGACAGGUGUCAUUGAUUCAAAAUCAUCCUUCCAAGAAGAGCUCCACAAAGGUGUUGUAGCAAAAGAAAACAAAGCAAGAGACAGUUAGUGUUGGAAGUUCGACCACUCAGUAGUGAAACUCAAUGGA